CACGCACACGCGCGCACGCUUCAUGCGGACGCGUUUGGAACGCCCGAGAAGCGUGUGCGCGUGUUUCUCGUCAUUUAUUUUAUUUUAUUUGUUUGUUUUUGUUUUCUUUCUUAACGAUAAGAUUGAUCCGGUGAAGCACCAGUGCGUCUCCGUGCGGCGGAGCUGAGGGCGGUAGAGGUGACGGUAGAAUGGGCGAUCCCCUCCGGUUUCCACUGUAACUCUGGAAAUGGAGCCCACAUUCCCGCGGGGAGACAAAGAUGAGGUCCAUGUGGAGGAGCCGGGCCGUACGCGUGCCGUGAGGAUGCGCGGUGAGGGGCUACUGUGGGACGACCCUCUGCACUUCUCGUGGCUGAUGGAGGCCGAGUCGUUCACAUCGUCAGUGCAGGCAGGUGGCCCCAUGCCCGGCACAGCCAUGACACUUGAGCAGAAGACCACCUUUGCCUUUGUCAUCUUCCUCUUCGUCUUCCUCUGCAUGCUGAUUGUGCGCUGCUUCCGUAUCCUGCUGGACCCCUACCGUAGCAUGCCCACCUCCACCUGGGCAGAUGGCCUCGACGGCCUCGAGAAGGGCCAGUUUGAUUACACUCUAGCAUAGGGGUGGCGCACACACACUCACACACGACAAAACAGUGACGAGAUACUUCUAAAUGAAUCACAACCUUAAAGUGAUUAAUAAUUACAGGCAAACAUCCUGUGAUGUAUAUUACACACUUAGCUAAAAUACCAUAUACACACACUUUGGUAAAGAACCUAAAUGUGACAUGAAAUAUAUAUAGGUGCAUGGCUAUUAAAAUGUCAAGCUUGACAAAAAUAUAAAAGCUUGAAUCACACACACACACACACACACAUACACAUACACACAGGGUGUUUUCUGAAAGGAGCAGUCAGGGAUUGUGAGUGCUGCCAGAGGCAGUUGUGGAACGGCGUGUGCUCCUCUGUGCCGCUGUGAGCCCGGUGACACUCAUACAGGGUAACCCAAGCGCUGCUCCUUCAGCUUCCUGCAAACACCCAGCACUCGUUUCCUCUUCUCACUAACGUUAUUAAUGAUAUCUGCACUGUUGUAUACUGCCAAGUAGUCAUCUUUAGAUCAUAUGUCCCUUUGAAGACCCUUUAUAAGCACUUCAUAAAUACUACAUAGGUUAUUGCGUUUGUCUAUAAAAGUGAGCCUUAAGGUGUGCACUGUUAUUACGGACGUAGCUUCGUUUUGUCAGAGUUGGUGAUUAGGAUAUGUUUGUGCAGUGCUUAUGGCUUCCUCAAUGGCCACUUAUUAAAUUAUGCUAAUUUUGACAUAAGCAAGUUAUUGGCAAAUAUUUGACGUAGAUGCUGUAGAUGACAUCUCGGAUUCGCUCGUAGCCCGGUGUCAAAAUUAAAGACGACUGGAGUCUUAUACGUAUCUUAAACAAAAGCCGUUUUAAAAAGUGAUCGUAACGUCAGCAUAUACUGCCUCAUUAGCACAAGAAACUGAAAUUCAGAUCGGUUCCAUUUUAAUAACCGAUCUGCCGCGAUCCGCUUUGUCAGCCUUUCCAUUUGAAGCUGUACCCGCAGGAACCAUAAUCGCUAAUUUGCCUUGAGAAAAUUCAUCCCUAAGAGCAAACGGUGAGGAAAGGCCACUUUUCAGAGAUACCUCUUUAGUCAUUGAUGAGGUGUUAAAAAUGUCUUUGUCACAUUUUUUCCGGGAAUUUGGCUGAAUUGCACUGGAGUCGUUCUCCUUUUUAGAGCUUUUAGUCUCUUUACCCAUCAGCCUGCCAAAUGAUGUUCCUUUGCACUUUUAUGUUGUCUCACCACUGUGAAUGAGCCAGUGAGAACACUGAAGAGCACUUAAGCAGUGAGUUGAACUGCCAGCGACUUCGAUUACGACUGCCACUGUUUUGCAUGCACAAAGUCACGUAUGAAUAUGUAAGGAAAGCUUCAAGCACCGAGUAGUGCAGUGGGACUCGAAAGACAUUUUCAGUGCAAAUGAUGUUGUCAGUUAUGAUGAGUUCACUGUGAGGAUCUGUUUGACUUCUCUGUGAAAAAAGGAAAUCUGUUUGAUGAGUACUGUAUGUUUUAUCAUGUUUUAAAUGUUCAAGUAAGAUGUAAAAAAACAGAACGGUAGAAACUCGAUCUGGAAGAAAAUGAGGAUAUUUAGACAUAAAUAUUCAUAAACCAAGACAGAAAUAAGAAGUAAGUACUUAGGAAGUUAAACAUAGACACAUGCACCCACACCUGUAUUUGUCUUA